CGUUUUCUCAGAACUGAAGUAGGCUGUGCUUGGUAACACCGAGAGAGGGGUGGGUGGAGACAAGCACACUCUCAGAACCUGCAGUGGCCCUGGACUCCAGCUUUCCGGGGUUCCUCGCCAGACUGAGCAUGCAAGUUACACUUGCUAUGACAGCCUGGAUGGUUUCUAUGGUCUCCAGUUAUUCAUAUUCAGGAAGCAGUUUACCAGAUAUCAACAAUGAAACGUUCAUCAGAAGCUGUGUUCAAAUUCAUAACAAGUUACGAUCGGAAGUGAAGCCAACAGCCAGUGGCAUGCUCUACAUGACUUGGGACACAGACCUUGCCAAAAUUGCAAAAGCAUGGGCAAAAAACUGUCAGUUUGAACAUAACAGUCGGCUGGGGCCACCCCACAAGCUGCACCCAAAUUUCACUGCACUGGGAGAAAACAUCUGGACUGGCUCUCUCUCCAUCUUUUCUGUGUCUUCAGCCAUCACAAACUGGUACGAUGAAAUUCAAUAUUAUGACUUCGAGACUCGGAAAUGCAGCAAGAAAUGUGGCCAUUAUACUCAGGUUGUUUGGGCAGAUAGCUACAAAGUUGGCUGCGCAGUACAAUUCUGUCAAAGAGUUUCUGUUGGCUAUACAUCUCUUACCAAUGUAGCACAUUUUAUAUGCAACUAUGGACCAGCAGGAAAUUACCCAACUUGGCCAUAUAAAAAAGGAUCCACUUGCAGUGCUUGCCACCCAAAUGACAGUUGUUUGGACAAUCUCUGCAGUAACCCACAGCGAGACAAAGUCACACGUUACUACUCUAUUGUGUAUCCAGACUGGCCGAUAUCGACACGCAAUAGAUAUUUAUCUCUCUUCCUCACUGUUAGUCCGCCAAUUCUAAUACUGACUGCUAUUAUUACAAUUUUAGUCAAGCACAAAUAGCCUCAUUUAGUUCUUUGGGACUAAUAAAAUACAGGAAAAAAUUGA